AUGCUUAACGCUCUCCUCCCUGUCGUCGGUCUCGCUGCAGCCCCCGUCGCUUAUGCGGCCACGGCUUUCACGUUCUCGCCGCCCUCAGAGACCCCGUUGGAGGCAAGCGGCAACUACACCGGCGCUUCUAACGGCACUCUAUCAACUCAGCCUGUCGUUCCCGGUGCUGUCUUCGAUCGUUUCAUCCAGGUUUGGCUUGAGAACCAGGACUUCGACGUGGUACAGAGCACGCCGACGUUCCAGAAGCUGGCUGCUCAGGGCAUCCUCCUCGACUCGUACUACGCUCUCACUCACCCUUCCGAGCCCAACUACGUCGGCACCGUUGGCGGUGACUUCUUCGGCCUGGGUAAUGAUGAUCUCAUCAACAUUCCCAGCAACGUUUCCACCAUUGUCGAUCUUCUCGAGGCGAAGAACAUCUCUUGGGCUUCGUACCAAGAAAAUAUGCCGUCCGACGGCUACGAGGGCUACAACUUCGCCUCCGAAAACUACCUAAACGGUAGCUCUACGGAGUACGACUUCUACUUCCGCAAGCACAACCCGACCAUCAUGUACGACUCUGUCGUCAACAACACAGAUCGUUUGGCGCGUCACCGCAACUUCAAUGACUUUGCCGCGGAUGUGAACGCGUCGGCUCUGCCUCAAUGGUUGUUUAUCACUCCGAACAUGGUCAACGACGGUCACGACACCUCGGUCGACUUCUGCGCGGAUUGGCUCGAGUUCUGGCUCGUCCCGCUCCUCAAUGACACUCGUUUCAUCACGAACCGCACUCUCCUGCUCCUCACGUUUGAUGAGACCGAGACCUACACGGAGAACAACCGCGUCUUCACCGUCCUUUUGGGUGGUGAGGAGGUCAUCCCCAAGAACUUGACUGGCACGACGGACUCGACCUACUACACCCACUACAGCCCGCUCUCCACCGUCGAGGCUAACUGGGGUCUGGGCUCUCUCGGUCGCGGUGACACCAACAAAACCAUGUCCAACGUCUACGAACUCGUCGCGAACGUCACCGGCUACAAGAACUUGGAUGUCAAGGGUGACGCCAUCCCCCUCACCAACCUUACCACGACCAUCCCUGGUCCGCUCAACGCCGAGAUGUGGUUCCCCUUCACCGCGCCCAACGUCUCCGCUGUCGGUGCCGGCGGAGGUGCCGUCUUCGUCGCUUCUGGCGUCAACACCAACCUCACGAUUUCCAACGCGCCGAUGCCCGUCAACUUGACAGCCUCCAACGCUACGCUCCCUGCUGACGGCUACUUCAAUGCCUCAGCCGCCAGCUCGGACGGCUCAAACUCGACCACCACGACCGCGUCUGGCUCUUCUUCCGCCACUGGCGUUCGCGUUGCCGCUGCUGGCGUCUUCGGCGCUGUUGUUGGUGCCAUCGUCCUCCUCGCAUGA